AUCACACAGCAUCACACAGCAUCACAAAGCAUCACAAGGCCUCACAAGGCAUCACAAGGCAUCACACAACAUCACAAGGCCUCACAAGGCGUCACUCAGCAUCACAAAGGAUCACAAGCCAUCACACAGCAUCACAAGGCAUCACACAGCAUCACAAAGCAUCACAAGGCCUCACAAGGCAUCACAAGGUAUCACAAAGCAUCACAAGGCCUCACAAGGCAUCACACAACAUCACAACGCCUCACACAGCAUCACAAGGCAUCACACAACAUCACAAGGCCUCACAAGGCGUCACUCAGAAUCACAAAGGAUCACAAGGCAUCACAAGGCAUCACAAAGCAUCACAAGGCCUCACAAGGUAUCACACAGCAUCACAAAGCAUCACAAGGCCUCACAAGGCCUCACAAGGCAUCACACAGCAUCACAAGGCCUCACAAGGCAUCACACAGUAUCACAAGGCCUCACACAGCAUCACAAAAGAGGCAUUACACAACAUCACAAGGCCUCACAAGGCGUCACUCAGAAUCACAAAGGAUCACAAGGCAUCACACAGCAUCACACAGGAUCACAAGGCAUCACACAGCAUCACACAGCAUCACAAAGCAUCACAAGGCCUCACAAGGCAUCACAAGGCAUCACACAACAUCACAAGGCCUCACAAGGCGUCACUCAGCAUCACAAAGGAUCACAAGCCAUCACACAGCAUCACAAGGCAUCACACAGCAUCACAAAGCAUCACAAGGCCUCACAAGGCAUCACAAGGUAUCACAAAGCAUCACAAGGCCUCACAAGGCAUCACACAACAUCACAACGCCUCACACAGCAUCACAAGGCAUCACACAACAUCACAAGGCCUCACAAGGCGUCACACAGCAUCACAAAGGAUCACAAGGCAUCACACAGCAUCACAAAGCAUCACAAGGUCUCACAAGGCAUCACACAGCAUCACAAAGCAUCACAAGGCCUCACAAGGCAUCACACAGCAUCACAAGGCCUCACACAGCAUCACAAGGCAUCACACAACAUCACAAGGCCUCACAAGGCGUCACUCAGCAUCACAAAGGAUCGCAAGCCAUCACACAGCAUCACAAAGCAUCACAAGGCCUCACAAGUCAUCACACAGCAUCACAAGGCAUCACACAGAAUCACAAGGCCUCACGCAGCAUCACAAGGCCUCACACAACGACACAAGGACUCAUACGGUAUCAAAAGGCAUCACACAGCAUAUCAAAGGCUCACAAGGCAUAACAAGGCAUCACACAGUAUCACAAGUAUCAAUGAAGAGUGA